AUGCCGCAGCUGAACUUCAAGCGACUGCUGGUUGAGUACAAGAAAGUCCAGUCCGCCAUCUCUGCCGGUCAAGCUCAGGGCAUUCUUCGCUGCGAGCCGGUGGGCGACAACAUGCUGGAGUGGGACGUGGACAUGACCUUCCCUGAAGGCUCUCCGCUACAGACUAGCCUCGACGCCCUUGCCGAGAGCAUGUCUGAUGCGGAGAUGCAGAAGCUGACGCUUAGCGUCCGCUUUCCUGCAGAAUACCCGCUAUGCCCUCCAGAAGUUUGGCUGCGUCGGCCUAGAAUGCGCCACUGCUCUGAGCAUGCAGGAGCGGUGACAUUUGGUGGCAGAGUUUGCAGUUUGACAUUGGCUUCUCAUGGUUGGAAUGCUGUCACGGACAUGCUCAGCGUUCUGGUGGAUGUGAGGCAAUCUUUGCUGGACUCCGGCAUUCAAGCCUACACCACGGUCGCCAUCAAGAAGGAGUACCCAGAGGCGGCAAUAAAACUCGUGCGACUGCAGUCCGAGCUUUUCCCAACGGUGAAUGGAUUCUGCAAAGACGGAAUGACUGUGCUCUCUGCGACGGCAGCUGCGCCAUUUCUGGGGGAUCUUUCCAGGCUAGAGACCACUGACAAGAUCUGCCUUCCAUUUUCGUAUGCCAACGAGAUCUAUUCGCAUGAAGACCUGCGCCUUCCAUUGACCUUCGAAGUUACGACACGUGUUGGCAGAAAGACGCACUGUGCAAUCUUCGAAUUCGUCAACGGCUUGCCUGACAUGCACGCGCUUCUGCCAAAGUGGCUCAUGGAUGACCUUGGGAUAGAGGAGCGCGAGGCCGUCCGCGUGCGUGCUGUGCAGCUGGACCUGAUCACUUCUGUGAAGGUCCAGCCGCACAGCGUCGACUUUUACUAUGCGGUGCGAGACAGCGGCCGAGAGGUCCCGUCGUUGCUCACGGAGUCACUCUCAAGAUUCAGUGCUCUUACAGAGGACACCGCCGUCCCCAUCGAUGUUGAUGGCAAGUUCUUCGACGUGCAGAUUUUGACUGUCGAGCCGCGUGGUGCUGUCAGAAUCAUUGACACAGACGUCCAACACCACUUCGAGUUCAAGGUGGACUUUGUCCCAGCCCCGGAUCUCGAGGACGACGCUGCAAAGGAGGAGUACCAGCGGCGUGUGGUCGAAGGCUUGAAGCUCAAGCGCGAGCAGUCUGCCAUCAAGAAGCAGGAGCUGCAAGACAGGCGGCAAGCUGCGAGACAGCAUCGUUUCGCCAUGCUUCGGGCGACCGCAGCCAAAGCAGCAGGCGGAGAAGCAGGUGCCAGUGGAAGCAUCGAAAUUGCUCUUCGCCUACCUGAUGGCUCCAAUGUCAAAGGUGCCUACGCGGAAGGGGCUCCGAUAUCGCAUCUCCUGCUAGCUGCCCUGGACUCUUCUUGGGCGAAGUCCGCAUUGCCUUGGGGCAUCUACCUUCGUAUGGCCUUUCCCAAGAAGGUUCUGAAGGAUGGGGACGUGAUCACCAAGGAGCUCCACAGAAGUAUGCUGAGCGUCCAGGAGGAGGAGGCACCCGAAGAUGAGGAGCUGUUGGCCGUCUUGUCAGAACGGACGCCUGCAGGGACGAGUGACGAACCGGAGGCCUUGAGCCCACUGCCCAUGCCGGAGCUGGAUGAAGCAGCGCUGAUGGCAAGGACGCAGAGGGCCUUCGAGGUGCAGCGCCUUAUGCGGGCCGGUUUCAAUCAGCAAGAGGCCGAGGAGAAGUUCUCAAAAGGUGAGGUUUUGCCGCCUUCUGAUGCAUCCAGGCGUCCGGAGCCGCUUCCGCCGGCCGGGCCGGCUGCGGCACCCAUACCACGCUUGGAGCGCACGCUGUCGGAGGAGGAGGAACGCCAGCGAAAAAUCGAGGUCGUGGUAAGCUUCACAGGAGUGGAUGCAGCUGUGGCGCAGGUAGCGCUGGAGGAUGCCAGCUGGAUAACUGCAGAAAACAUCGUGGGGCGACAGCAACUAAGUGCCUACAAUGCCUGCAUGUUGUCGAGCAGUGCCAGGUACCUGCGCGUCCUUGCUUCGAAGAACAAGGGCGCUGGCAGAAUCGCCGGGUCUCUACGAUGCUGUGCAAGGUCUGUCUGCCAGGCUGCUGGCCAUCUCCGGCUGCGCUUCUGUCGCGUUGCAGGUUCUGUGGCCGCCUCAAAGCUGGGCUGGGGUGCUUACAGGUCAAAACCUGCUUUGGCGAUGCAGUACGUACUUCAGAGGACAGAUGCAGGUCAGGCUGACAAGGUGCUCGUGGCCUUGGAAUCCUUUGCUUUACAGGUGUCAUGCUGGCUUCGGCAUGUCACCAGCGGUUCGAGCACAACGAUGAUUCGUAAGGAGGAUGCGCUGCCCGGUCGGCAGGAGCCUUUGAAGGUGAGUGCAGAGCAUUAUGUGCUCGGGACACCUAUGAAAGGGCCUUGGCCCGAAGGCAUGUCAAAGUUUGUAUUUGCCAACGGCUGCUUUUGGGGGAGCGAGAAGGGAAUAUGGCGCUUGCCUGCCGGAAUCUUCUCGACGGCUGUGGGUUAUGCUGCAGGCUUUACUCCCAACCCGACCUAUGAAGAGGUUGUAACGGGCAGGACGGGCCACGCCGAGGCAGUUCAAGUCAUCUUCGACCCCGCCCAAAUUGAUCUGGUGGACAUCUUGAGAUGGUUUUGGGAGGCUCACGAUCCCACGCAGUACAUGAGACAAGGCGCUGAUCAAGGCACACAGUAUCGGAGUGGCCUCUAUUAUUUCGAUGAGGAUCAAAGGGAGCUUUUCGUGGCAAGCAAGAAAGCGUACCAGGACGCGCUGCAGGCGGCUGGGAAACAUGGCGAAAUUUCCACAGAGAUUCGAGCUGCGUCAGACUUUCCAGACGGUGUUUUCUGGUACGCCGAGGACUGGCACCAGCAGUAUUUGGCCAAGCCAGGGUCACGACCCUACUGCUCCGCCAUGCCACAGGAGGUCUCUCUUCCUCCGUUUUCUGAGUGGGCGACCCCAUCUCUGGCUGCCAAGUUCUGGCCAAAGCUCCCAGAGGCUUUCUGGAAACAGCAUGGUCCCGCUCCUCACAGCGUAGUGGAAUCGCCAGACUCUCCAAUUGAGUGGAGCCAGUUUUCGACAAGGAUUGCUGAGCAUGCUGAGCUAUGA